CUCGGCCAACCCAAUGUGUGUGGUGCCCAUUGACGUCCGACCACCGCCAUGAACGCCGCCGCCUCGCUUCCGCCGCAUCAGCAGCAAGAGCUGAUGAAGCACUUUGAACAGAAGCAGCUGGAGGAGUCGCUGAUGUUGUACAACCGAGUCGUCGCGACAUGUUUCAACGAAUGUGUGCAAUCCUUUCGAUCCAAGAAGCUCGAAGACAAGGAGGAAAACUGCAUGAACCUGUGCGCGGAAAAGUUCCUCAAGCACACCCAACGAGUAGGUGUGCGCUUUGCCGAAGCACAGCAAGCCGCCAUGGACGGACAGUAAUUAUAGAAACCAGACACGCACCCCGACGACGACGCUGGCUCAGGUUGCGUCAGCCAUCAUGGCCACUGGUCGCGAUGACUGCGCCCAUCUCCGAGGAUAAGCGAAAUCAAGCAUCGUUGUUAUUCCCA